ACUUCAAAAAGCUGUCAAGAGAGCAGCACAGAAAUUGCUGUCAAUAUCUUUUCCGACUCUAGCCAGUGUUUCGAUCAUCAUUUCGGUGUCAGGUUGUGCAAAUUUGAGUAUUGAAAUUUAAGUUAAAAAAAAUAGUGCUACAGAUAUCAUCAUGUCUAGAGUGCAGAAGUCGGCUGGCAGUCAGCAUUCGCCGGGCGGGAUGGUCUCCUACGGCAGCGGUAUCGUCUUCGGCGGGAACGUGUAUCCGGUUCUGGUUGACGGAGUGCCCAUGCAACCGCCCAUGGGGGCUCAUCAGGCGGCGGCCCAGCAGCGCCUGCAGAUGCAGCAGCGGCCGAUGCAGAUCCCGCCGCAGAAACCCAUUGUUUCCCAGCGGGCACAUCCGACAUCCCACGCUCCAGCAGGAACGUACAUGACCAAACAGGUGCAGCAGAGCCCACUCUGUCAUCCUGGUGAUGUCAGGAUGCAACAGCAGCAGUACCACAAUUUCGCCAUGAUGCAGCAGCUUCAGGUGCAGCUUCUGCAGCAGCGACAGCAAAUGCAGAUGGCCAUGGGCCAUCCCUACAGCCAUUACGGCCAAUACAACCUGCAACUGCAGCGGAAUGCGGGCGGUGAUUCUGGCGGCUGGAACGGCUACGCCAUGAUGCAGCCAUCGGAUGUUAAUAAGCCGUAUUCGUUUAGCGACUGAGUCUUUUUCCCUUUGUGACUGUGAGAAGAAAUGAUUUAGUUAAAGGUGAACUUUUAAUCUCUCUAAUCAAAGUGUGGCAUUAAGCAUAUGGCAAGUCAAGCCUGAAAAUUGUA